AUGGAGAAGGAGGAGGAGACCCGGGAGAUCCUGCUCCCCAACUGGCAAGGCAGCGGCUCCCACGGCAUCACCAUCGACCAGACGGACGAUGGCGUCUUCGUCAAGCAAGUACAGCAAAACUCCCCGGCCGCCAAGAUGGGCGUCGUGAAGGAAGGUGGGACCUUGGCGGAGGCGUCGUUGCUCCCCGUCUUGGACAACCUGCAAUCCGGGGAAGUCGCGCAGCUGCUCAACAGCAUGGGCCACCACACGGUGGGCUUGCGCUUGCAACGGAAAGGGGACAAGUCUCCGCUGCCGGGACAGUCAUGGUCACACGACGUGUUUGCGGCCAGCAGCCCUGAAGUCGUUCUGAGUGGGGACGACGAGGAGUACAGGAGGAUUUACACGACGAAAAUCAAACCCCGGCUGAAGUCGGAGGAGGCGGUGGAAGCGGAGUGCGGCGGAACGCAGAGCAGGACCAUCACGGUCACCAGAAAAGUGACGGCGUACACAGUCGAUGUCACUAGGCACGACGGAGAAAAAGACAUCGACGUCGUCGGCACCGACUUCAAAAUCCGGAUCCCGACCCAGGAGAUCGCCCACGUUGAAGCAGAACCUGGGAAAACUGCGAUCAAAAUGGCAGCGGGGGAUCUGCCUGGGAGAGGCACCCAAGCCGCAGGCUGGAGCGUGGACAUCAGAGGGGCACCUCCUGGAGCAACGGUUGAAUCUUCUGCCCAGAAGUUGGAUGUCCACCUCGGCGAGGCUCAGUUCGGAAAGCCGGCGAUAACCGUGCCGGGAACGCAAGCGAUGGGCGUUCACCUGAGGACUCGGAUGGAUCCUCAACUGCCGGAGAGCCAAGUUCCUGGUGGGGAAACUGGAAAAUCUGUUACGGUGGAGGUGCCGGGGUGUGACGUUUCUGGCACGGCGUUCCUGGGCCCCCAGGGCGGCUUGCCCAGAAUUGAAGCAAAUGGACAGAUGGGGAACCUGGACGCAGGUUUUCACAUCAAGGGUCCCAGGUUGGACGGCAAAGGACACGUUUCCGGCGUGGGUGUCCAAGGGGAGCUGGGCGGGACGCUGUCACACGCUGAUGCUUCUGCCCCUUGUCUUCAGGGAGAUAUCAAAGCCCCCAGAGUUGACGUUUCUUUACCGGCGAUGGAAAAUCCAGCUGUCGAUGUGGGAAAAAUCAAGAUUCCGGUUUUGAAAAUGCCCAAAUUCGGGUUCGCGACCGCGGGAUCUGGCAUCGAAGCUCAAGCCCCGCAGGUGGGCACCGACGUUCCCAUGCCAAAACCGCAGGCUCCGUGCGUGGACGUUGCUUCCUCAUCUGUCCAGGUCACGGGACCCGAAGUUUCAGCUCCUUCGGUGAAAGUCCCAAAGCCACAGGUGGACAUGGGGUUGAAGGGUGCUGUGAAGGUCCCCUCCCCAGAACUGGAGGUCCCCGGCGUGGCUGUCAAAGGACCCAGCGUAGAGCUCCCAGCUUCUGAUGCAGAUGUUCACGGUGGCAAGGGAAAACUCAAAACACCACACAUGAACUUUCCGAAAUUUACUGCCUUGGACUCGGAAGGGGAAGGUCCCGUUGUGGAAAUGGUGCUCCCCAAGGGCGAGGUGGGACCAGCCGCGGCAGAUGUUGGCAUUCCCGAUGUGGCCAUCAAAGGAGAAUGGAAAGGCCCCAGGUUCAAGAAGGUUGAAACACCCCAAAUCUCUCUGUCAGAUGUAAACUUGAACCUGAAAGGCCCUCAGGUGAAGGGCGAUACGGGUGUCACGGUCCCCAGAGUGGAAGGGGAUGCCAAAGGACUUGGCUCUAAGGGCCUCAAGAUGGACGUAAAGGCCCCUGGUGUUGAAUUUGAAGGUCCAGAGGGUUAUUUGAAAGGGCCCAGUCUACCUGCACCAGAUAUGGACAUUAAGGUGAAGGGACCUAAGCUUAAGGGAGAAGUGGAUGUUUCUGUCCCAAAGAUGGGUGGCAACUUGAAAGGACCUCAGCUGGACAUUAAAGGUCCCAAACUGGGAAUGGAAGUGCCUGAUGUAGAUGUCAAAGGCCCCAAAGUUACGAUGCCAGAGGCACACGUCAAGACCCCCAAAAUAUCCAUGCCUGACAUCGACCUGAAUCUGAAAGGCCCCAAAGCGAAAGGAGACCUGGAUGUUUCUGCCCCAAAACUGGAAGGGGAGCUGAAAGCACCCGGACUUGACAUCAAAGGCCCCAACGUUGACAUUGAGGCGCCAGACGUGGACAUCCACGGUCCAGAAGGCAAACUGAAGAUGCCCAAGCUGAAAAUGCCCAAGUUUGGGGUGCCCGGCCUGAAGGGAGAGGGCCCCGACAUUGACGUGACUCUUCCAAAGGGUGAGGUGGCCAUUUCUGGUCCUGGCGUAGAUAUCGAUGUGCCAAGUGUGGACAUCAAAGGGCCGGAAGGAAAACUGCAAGGCCCCAAGGUGAAGAUGCCAGAGAUGAGCUUCAAGACCCCCAAAAUAUCCAUGCCUGACAUCGACCUGAAUCUGAAAGGCCCCAAAGCGAAAGGAGACCUGGAUGUUUCUGCCCCAAAACUGGAAGGGGAGCUGAAAGCACCCGGACUUGACAUCAAAGGCCCCAACGUUGACAUUGAGGCGCCAGACGUGGACAUCCACGGUCCAGAAGGCAAACUGAAGAUGCCCAAGCUGAAAAUGCCCAAGUUUGGGGUGCCCGGCCUGAAGGGAGAGGGCCCCGACAUUGACGUGACCCUUCCAAAGGGUGAGGUGGCCAUUUCUGGACCCAGGGUAGAUAUCGAUGUGCCAAGUGUGGACAUCAAAGGGCCAGAAGGAAAACUGAAGGGCCCCAAGGUCUGUGUGCCAGAUGUUGAUCUGAACCUGAAAGGCCCCAAAGUGAAGGGCGACGUGGACAUUUCCAUUCCCACCGUCGGAGCUGAUUUGAAGGGUCCCGAACUAGAGCUCAAAGGCCCCAACAUUGACAUUGAAGCGCCAGACGUGGACAUCCACGGUCCGGAAGGCAAACUGAAGAUGCCCAAGCUGAAAAUGCCCAAGUUUGGGGUGCCCGGCCUGAAGGGAGAGGGCCCCGACAUUGACGUGACUCUUCCAAAGGGUGAGGUGGCCAUUUCUGGUCCUGGCGUAGAUAUCGAUGCGCCAAGUGUGGACAUUGAAGGGCCAGAAGGAAAAGGAAAAGGUCUCAAAUUUAAAAUGCCUGAACUAAACAUUCAGACGCCAAAACUGUCCAUGCCAGAUGUAGAUCUCAGUUUGAAGGGCCCCAAGGUGAAAGGAGAUGCAGAUGUUUCUGGCCUGAAGGUCUCUGGAGAUCUGAAGGGCCCCAAAAUAGAUGUGGAAGGUCCCAAAGUGGAUGUUGAUAUGCCUGAGGUAGACUUGGAAUGUCCAGAAGGGAAAAUAAAAGGCCCCAAAUUUAAGAUGCCUAAGCUUAACAUCAAGACACCUAAAAUAUCCAUGCCAGACGUAGAUUUGAACUUCAAGGGACAUAAAACGAAAGGAGAGAUGGAUGUUUCUCUUCCGAAGAUAGAAGGUGACUUGAAAGACUCUGGUGUUAAUAUCAAGGGACCGAAAAUAGAUGUUGAGGUCCCAGAUGUCAACCUGGAGUGUCCGGAAGCCAAACUGAAAACGCCAAAAGUGAAAUUGCCUCAUUUCAACGUGUCAGGCCCAAAGUUUGAGGGAACCGAUAUAGAUGUCAACCUGCCAAAAGGAGAGCUAGAUAUUUCUGGGCCAGAGGCAGAUAUUGAAGUGCCAGAGCUGGAUGUUGGAGGACCAGAAGGAAAGUGGAAAGGCCCCAAGUUCAGGAUGCCGAAGCUGAAUAUCAAAACACCUAAACUAUCCAUGCCAGAUGUAGAUUUGAACCUAAAGGGACCCAAGGUGAAAGGAGAAAUGGAUAUCACGGCUCCUAAGAUAGAAGGUGAUUUGAAAGGGCCAGAAAUAGACAUUAAGGGGCCAAAACUCGAUGUUGAGGCACCCGAUAUUGAUUUGGAGUGCCCUGAAGGAAAACUGAAGGGCCCCAAGUUCAAGAUGCCCGAGAUGCACAUCAAGGCGCCCAAGAUCUCCAUGCCCGACGUGGACAUUAAUCUGAAAGGGCCCAGCAUGAAAGGGGAUAUUGAAGUCUCAGCUCCCAAGCUCGAGGGUGGUGUAAAAGGUCCCGAGGUGGACAUCAAGGGCCCGAAGGUCGACAUUGAUGUGCCAGACGUGGACGUUCACGGCCCAGAGGGAAAAUUCAAAAUGCCCAAGUUCAAAAUGCCCAAGUUCGGGAUGCCGGGGCUGAAAGCAGAAGGCCCAGAGGUGGACGUGAACCUGCCGACAGGAGACCUGGAUGUUUCUGGUCCAAAGGUGGACAUUGAGGGUCCAGAGGUGGACAUUGAAGGUCCAGAAGGGAAGGUGAAGGGCCCCAAGUUCAAGAUGCCCGAGAUGCACAUCAAGGCACCCAAGAUCUCCAUGCCCGACGUUGACUUCAAUCUGAAGGGCCCCAAGCUCAAGGGCGAUGUGGACGUGUCUGUCCCUAAGCUCGAGGGUGACCUGAAGGGUCCCGAGGUGGACAUCAAGGGCCCGAAGGUCGACAUUGAUGUGCCAGACGUGGACGUUCACGGCCCAGAGGGAAAAUUCAAAAUGCCCAAGUUCAAAAUGCCCAAGUUCGGGAUGCCGGGGCUGAAAGCAGAAGGCCCAGAGGUGGACGUGAACCUCCCAAAAGGUGAUAUUGAUGUUUCCGUCCCAAAGGUAGAUAUUGAGGUGCCCAGUGUGGACAUUGAGGGUCCUGAAGGAAAACUCAAAGGUCCCAAAUUUAAAAUGCCCGAGAUGCACAUCAAGGCACCCAAGAUCUCCAUGCCUGACAUCGACUUGAACCUGAUAGGCCCCAAAGUGAAGGGGGAUGUGGACGUGUCUGUUCCAAAAUUAGAGGGUGACUUGAAGGGACCCGAUGUGAAUAUUAAAGGUCCGAAGUUGGAUGUUGAUGUUCCGGAUCUUGAUGUUGAAGGUCCUGAAGGAAAAUGGAAAGGACCCAAGAUAAAAAUGCCAGAUAUGCAUAUUAAGGCACCUAAAUUUUCUAUGCCUGAUGUAGAUCUCAACCUGAAAGGUCCCAAAAUUAAGGGAGACUUGGAUGUUUCUCUACCGAAAGUAGAGGGUGAUGUGAAAGGGCCGGAUCUGGAACUCAAAGGGCCCAAAGUGGACCUAGAAGCUCCUGACGUAGACAUUGAGGGCCCAGAAGGCAAGCUGAAGGGUCCCAAAUUUAAGAUGCCCGAGAUGCAUUUCAAAGCCCCCAAAAUCUCCAUGCCGGACUUUGAUCUGAACCUGAAAGGCCCCAAAGUGAAGGGGGAUGUGGACGUUUCUGUUCCGAAACUUGAGGGAGAUUUGAAAGGCCCAGACGUUGACAUCAAAGGCCCGAAACUGGAUGUUAAUGUUCACGACAUUGACCUAGAGUGUCCAGAAGCAAAAGUUAAAGGCCCCAAGUUCAAGAUGCCUGAAAUGCACUUCAAGACACCAAAAAUCUCCAUGCCCGAUAUCGAUUUGAACCUGAAAGGCCCUAAGCUGAAGGGAGACGUGGAUGUUUCUGCCCCCAAACUAGAGGGUGACUUGAAAGGCCCCGAGAUGGAUAUCAAAGGUCCUAAACUGGAUAUAGAAGCUCCUGAUGUGGAUAUUGAGGUCCCAGAGGGGAAGCUGAGAGGCCCCAAAUUUAAGAUGCCUGAGAUGCAUUUUAAGGCUCCCAAGAUCUCCAUGCCGGACUUCGAUCUGAACUUGAAAGGCCCCAAAGUGAAGGGGGAUGUGGACGUGUCUGUUCCCAAGCUGGAAGGUGACCUGAAAGGGCCUGAGUUUACAGGAAAAGGGCCGAAAGUGGACAUAGAGGCUCCAGAUGUUGAGCUAGAAUGCCCAGAAGGCAAGUUGAAGGGCCCCAAGUUCAAGAUGCCCGAGAUGCAUUUCAAGGCCCCCAAAAUCUCCAUGCCAGACUUUGAUCUGAAUCUGAAAGGCCCCAAAGUGAAGGGGGAUGUGGACGUGUCUGUUCCCAAGCUGGAAGGUGACCUGAAGGGCCCCGAAUUUGACAUCAAAGGACCCAAAGUCGAUGUUGACCUUCCUGACCUGAAAGGCCCCAAGUUCAAGAUGCCCGAGAUGCACAUCAAGGCACCCAAGAUCUCCAUGCCCGACGUUGACUUCAAUCUGAAGGGCCCCAAGCUCAAGGGCGAUGUGGACGUGUCUGUCCCUAAGCUCGAGGGUGACCUGAAGGGUCCCGAGGUGGACAUCAGGGGCCCUAAAGUUGACAUUGAGGCACCUGACGUGGACGUUCACGGCCCGGAGGGAAAAUUCAAAAUGCCCAAGUUCAAAAUGCCCAAGUUCGGGAUGCCGGGGCUGAAAGCAGAAGGCCCAGAGGUGGACGUGAACCUGCCGACAGGAGACCUGGAUGUUUCUGGUCCAAAGGUGGACAUUGAGGGUCCAGAGGUGGACAUUGAAGGUCCAGAAGGGAAGGUGAAGGGCCCGAAGUUCAAGAUGCCUGAGAUGCACAUCAAAGCACCCAAGAUCUCCAUGCCCGACGUUGACUUCAAUCUGAAGGGCCCCAAGCUCAAGGGCGAUGUGGAUGUUUCCCUUCCCAAGCUGGAAGGUGACCUGAAGGGUCCCGAGGUGGACAUUAAGGGCCCCAAAGUUGACAUUGAGGCACCCGACGUGGACAUUCAUGGUCCAGAAGGUAAAAUAAAAAUGCCCAAGUUCAAAAUGCCCAAGUUUGGGUUGUCUGGGUUGAAAGGAGAGGGCCCAGAUGUUGAUGUGAAUCUACCUGAAGCUGAUGUUGCUCUUUCAGGUCCAAAGGUUGAUGUUUCUGUUCCUGACUUGGACAUUGAAGGACCUGAAGGGAAACUUAAGGGUCCUAAGUUUAAGAAGCCUGACAUGCAAUUCAAUGUUCCUAAAAUCUCCAUGCCAGAUAUUGACUUAAAUUUGAAAGGCCCAAAACUGAAAGCUGACAUUGAUCCUUCCGUUCCCAAAAUAGAGGGUGAGCUGAAAAGUCCGAAGGUGGACAUCAAAGGGCCAGAAUUUGAGGUUGAGGGACCGAAGCUUGAGCUAGAAGGAAAGUCUAAAAAACCCAGGUUUAAACUUCCGAAAUUUGGCUUUUCUGGUCCUAAAGUGCAAAGCCCUGAUGUGGAUGUGAAACUUAAAAAACCUGACAUUGAAAUAUCUGGUCCGAAAGUUGAUGUUCAUCCUCCAGAUGUGGACGUACAGGCAAAAGCGAAAGGGUCAAAAUUUAAAAUGCCUUUCCUGAGUAUUUCAUCACCUAAAGUUUCGAUGCCAGAUGUGGAGCUAAAUCUGAAAGGGCAUAAACUAAAAGGAGAGUUAGAGGUUUCCAGCCCAAAGUUGGAAGGGGAACUGAAGGGUCCUGAGGUGGACAUCAAAGGCCCCAAAGUCAACAUUGAGGCGCCUGACGUGGACGUUCAUGGGCCGGAGGGUAAACUCAAAAUGCCAAAGUUCAAAAUGCCUAAAUUUGGGGUCUCUGGGUUUAAGGCUGAGGGGCCAGAGGUGGACGUUAGCAUUCCGAAGGGAGAGCUGGAUGUUUCGGGUCCCAAGCUGGAUAUCGAAGGUGCUGGUUUGGAAAUUGAAGGGCCGGAGGGGAAGCUCAAGGGUCCCCAAUUUAAGAUGCCAGAACUGAACAUCAAAGCACCCAAGAUCUCUAUGCCCGACAUCGACCUGAACCUGAAAGGCCCCAAAGCUAAGGCAGAUGUGGACGUCUCCCUUCCCCAGGUGGAUGUGAAGGGCUCAGAUUUGCAUGUGAAAGGCCCAAAAGUGGAUGUGGAGGUUCCUGACCUUGACAUUGAAGGUCCCAAAGGAAAAUUGAAAGGCCCCAAAUUUAAAAUGCCUGAAAUGAAUCUCAAGGCUCCCAAUAUUUCCAUGCCAGACUUUGAUUUGAAUUUGAAAGGUCCCAAGUCAAAAGGAGGUGUGGACGUCGAUCUUUCAGUGCCAAAACUGGAAGGGGACUUGAGUGUGCCGGACGUUAACAUCAAAGGACCGAAGGUUGACAUUGAUGCUCCCGAGCUGGAUGUUGAAGGGCGAGAAGGAAAACUGAAAGGUCCCAGGUUUAAAAUGCCAGAGAUGCACAUAAAGACUCCCAAAAUCUCCAUGCCCGAUGCCAGCUUAAACCUCAAAGGUCCCAAGCUGAAAGGGGACAUAGAUGUUUCUGCUCCAAAGCUAGAAGGGGAUUUGAAGGCUCCCGACAUCAAUAUUGAAGGCCCCAAAGUCGACAUUGAUGUGCCAGACGUGGACGUUCAUGGCCCAGAGGGAAAAUUCAAAAUGCCCAAGUUCAAAAUGCCCAAGUUCGGGAUGCCGGGGCUGAAAGCAGAAGGCCCAGAGGUGGACGUGAACCUGCCGACAGGAGACCUGGAUGUUUCUGGUCCAAAGGUGGACAUUGAAGGUCUGGAGGCACCCAAGAUCUCCAUGCCUGACAUUGACUUGAACCUGAAAGGCCCCAAAGUGAAGGGGGAUGUGGACGUGUCUGUUCCCAAGCUGGAAGGUGACCUGAAGGGUCCUGAACUGGAUAUAAAAGGACCCAAAGUCGACGUAGAUGUUCCUGAUGUGGAGAUUGAAGGCCCAGAAGGAAAACUGAAAGGCCCCAAAUUGAAGAUGCCAGAGAUGCAUUUUAAGGCUCCUAAAAUUUCUAUGCCGGAUUUUGAUCUGAACCUGAAAGGCCCGAAGGUGAAGGGGGAUGUGGACGUUUCUGUGCCGUGUGUGGAAGGUGACCUGAAAGGGCCAAAAGUUGAUGUUAAAGGUCCCGAGUUGGAUGUCAGUGCCCCAGAUGUUCAAAUUGAGGGCCCAGAAGGCAAGUUAAAGGGUCCCAAAUUUAAGAUGCCCGAGAUGCAUUUCAAAGCCCCCAAAAUCUCCAUGCCGGACUUUGAUCUGAACCUGAAAGGCCCCAAA